ACGAAGGCCGGAAUUAGGGUAAUUCUCGGAGCGAUUCGAUGGCUGGAUCGCCCUUGGAGGUCGGAAACCCCAUCGGAGAUGCGAUCUCGAGGGUUCGGUUCGCUCCCAGAUCCAACAAUUUGUUGAGCUCUUCUUGGGAUUCAUUUCUAAGGCUUUACGACGUGGAUGGAUCAGCACUCAGAGUUCAAGCUUUUGCGGAAGGAGCCCUUCUUGAUUGUUGCUUUGAGGAUGAGUCUUUUGCCCUUUCUUCCGGCUCUGAUGGCUGCAUUCGUAGGUAUGACUUAAAUUCAGGAGCACAAAGUGUCAUGGGGAAGCAUGGCGAUACAGCAACAUGUGUUGAGUAUUCUGAUGGCACUGAUCAGGUUAUUAGUGCUGGUUUGGACAAAAAAUUAAGAUUUUGGGAUCCAAAGGAGAAAUGUGAAAAUGGAGGAUCCAAGUCAGUCGAUUCAGAGGUUUGGUCUAUGUCGCUUUGUGGGGUUUAUGUACUAGCUGCCGUUGGGGUGAUGGUGGAUGCUUAUGAUUUGAGAAACUUGAAAGGACCAGUUCAAUCAAAAGACUGUUCUAUGGACUAUCAGAUCCAAUGUGUUCGCUCAUUUUUUGAUCUCCAAGGGUUUGGGGUUGGAUCUAUUGAUGGACGUGUUGCUUUGAAGUUUCUUGACCAGUCAAAAUCAGGUGCAAUGGGGUGUGCCUUCAGAUGUCAUCCCAAGUUAAGAGACAGGAAAUAUCAUCUGGUUUCAGUGAAUGACAUAGCAUUCCACCCAUGCCUUGAUACCUUUGUGACCGGAGAUAAUGAAGGAUAUGCUAUUAUUUGGGAUGCUCAAAGUAGGAAGAAACUGUAUGAGUUUGAGAGGUACUCCAACAGUGUGGCAUGCUUAUCAUACAACCAUAAUGGACAACUUUUGGCUGUUGCAUCAAGUCAUACGUACCAAGAAGCAAAGGAAACGGAAGGAGCUUCUCAGAUAUUUAUACAUAAAACAUCGAACUUGGCUAUGUCGAAAUCUCCACAACAGAUCGCUUUCUCGGCCGCCGUCCGCCAUUGUCCCCUCUUCCUCUUCGCAGCAGCCGGAACAGUGAUGUCGGACGAGGAGCAUCAUUUUGAAUCCAAGGCCGACGCCGGGGCGUCGAAGACCUAUCCCCAGCAAGCUGGAACCAUUCGCAAGAAUGGGUAUAUUGUGAUCAAAGGAAGACCCUGCAAGGUUGUGGAGGUGUCUACAUCCAAGACUGGCAAGCAUGGUCAUGCUAAGUGCCACUUUGUUGCCAUUGACAUCUUCACUGCAAAGAAGCUUGAGGAUAUUGUGCCUUCUUCUCACAACUGUGAUGUUCCUCAUGUUAAUCGUACUGACUAUCAGCUGAUUGACAUAUCUGAGGAUGGCUUUGUGAGCCUGCUGACUGAAAAUGGUAACACUAAAGAUGACCUGAGACUCCCAACUGAUGAUGCACUGCUCACUCAGCUGAAGGAUGGUUUUGGGGAGGGUAAAGAUCUGGUUGUCACAGUGAUGUCAGCCAUGGGUGAAGAACAAAUCUGUGCGCUAAAGGACAUUGGGCCGAAGUAGUAGGUCUGAUAUUUUUCCCAAACCUUGGUUUGUCUGCGUGCUGGUAUAACCGGAUAAAAAAAAAAGAAAAAG